AGUUUCCUUUAGGUAAUUUUAUGACCACUCAUUCCUUUGUUUUUGUACCUAAAGUGAAGAGAAGUUAAAGGGGUUUUCAGUUUUUUCUUGAAAAUUUGUUUUUGGGUUGACAGCUUUGUCUCUAAACUGUCUGUGUUUUACAUUUGACUGUUUGAGUUUACUAACUUUUAUAGGAUCUUGGUUAGUAGAUUUUCUUUGUUUGCUUCAGUGGAGCAGAAGUUCAAUUAAGAACCUCUUGACAAACCUCGUCUGAAGCAACAGUGCAGGCCGAUUGAUACUAGAGUUAUAAAUUUUGGAUACUUCUGAUGAUGCUCAAACCGUGGCUUGCGAUAUCCAUACUAUUUUCUUUCCUCAUCUCAAAUGUAACAGGUGCAUUUGUUGGAAUAAACAUUGGCACCGAUGUUUCAAAUUUACCGCCAGCUUCGGAUGUGGUUGCACUCCUCAAAGUUAAUCAAAUAACUCAUGUGCGCCUAUUUAAUGCUGAUGCUCAUAUGUUGAAUGCGUUAGCCAACUCUAGUAUCGAAGUUAUUAUUGGUGUUACAAAUGAUGAAGUCUUAGGGAUCGGAGAAUCUCCAUCAGCUGCAGCUGCUUGGGUAAAUAAAAAUGUAGCAGCUUACAUGCCCUCUACAAAUAUUACGGCUAUUGCCGUGGGUAGUGAAGUUCUCACCGCAAUCCCAAACGCUGCACCGGUUUUGGUUCCCGCUAUGAAUUACUUGCAUAAAGCAUUAGUGGCUUCACAACUUAAUCACCAAGUAAAAGUUUCAACCCCGCAAUCUAUGGACGUGAUUGCUAGGGCAUUUCCUCCUUCCACUGCCACUUUCAAUUCUUCUUGGAACUCAACAAUCUUCCAGAUCCUUCAGUUUCUAAGAAACACAAACUCAUACUUCAUGUUGAAUGCUUAUCCAUAUUAUGAAUACGUGCACUCCGAUGGAAUCUUUCCGAUUGAAUAUGCUCUUUUCCAACCACUCUCCGCAGUGAAGCAAAUUGUUGACCCAAACACCCUGUUUCACUAUGUAAGUAUGUUUGAUGCUUUAGUUGAUGCUGCAUACAACUCUAUAGCAGCCCUCAACUUUUCCGAUAUCCCAAUUGUUGUGACCGAGACUGGUUGGCCGUGGGAUGGUGGUGCCAAUGAGCCUGAUGCUUCUAAGGAAAAUGCCGAAACAUUUAAUAAUAACCUGAUUCGGCGUGUUUCAAAUGAUACUGGCCCACCUAGUCAACCAAAAAAUCCCAUUAACACCUUUAUUUACGAGAUGUUCAAUGAAGACAAAAGACCUGGACCGAUAUCGGAAAGAAGCUGGGGUAUCUUUUCUACAAAUGGGAGCGAGAUUUAUUCCCUUAGCUUGGGUUCCUCGGCCGGUAUUUCAGACAAUUCUACUGCAGUUUUCUGUAUAGCGAAAAAGGGUGCAGAUGAGAACAAACUGCAAGAUGGAAUUAACUGGGCUUGUGGCCAGGGACAUGCUAAUUGCAGUGCAAUUCAAUCUGGACAGCCUUGUUAUUUUCCAGAUACGUUGCAAAAUCAUGCUUCUUAUGCGUACAAUGACUAUUAUCAGAGAAUGCGAAGUCUUGGUGGAACAUGCGAUUUUGAUGGUACAGCAACAACGACAACACAAGAUCCAAGUUCCAAAACAUGUAAAUUUACAGGAAGUUCGACUCCAGGUGGGCUGUUUCCUCCGGCAGCAUUUGGACCUAUCAGUCCGACUUCUCAGGGUCCAACGAUUCGAGCAACUGUUAUCGUGUAUACAUUGGCUGUAUUUUCUGCUUUGUUGAUGCUUGAUGUGAAUGUGCAUUUUUCUUCAAUGUACGGCGGAGCUCCGUCGGGCGGAAUAGGAAUCGGUAGUAGUAGUGGAGGAAGAACAUGGCCGUCGACGACGUCGGUGUCUAGUUCCGGUAAGAGAAUACAGAAGGAAAUGACUGAACUAAGCAUAGAGGCACCACCAGAUUGUGCAGCUGGGCCUAAAGGAGAUAAUCUUUACCAUUGGGUUGCUACCCUCUUCGGCCCACCUGGAACACCUUAUGAGGGUGGAAUAUAUUUUCUCGAUAUAACCUUCCCUUCUGAUUAUCCAUUUAAACCUCCAAAGGUUGUAUUCAAAACUCGCAUAUAUCAUUGCAAUGUUGAGCCUUCUGGAAAUGUUAGCUUGGACAUCCUAACAGAUAACUGGAGUCCAGCAUUAACAAUCUCGAAAGUACUACUUGCUCUGAGAUCAAUGUUCACCACUCCAGAAACCUAUAAGCCAGUUGUUCCUGGUAUUGCACACUUAUACUUUGAAGAUAAAGCCAAACAUGAUGAAAUAGCUACAGAAUGGACACUGCGAUUUGCAAGGUGAAAAAAAUGAAUUCAAUGUGGAAUUUUCUUAACAAGUUCUGGUCAGCCCCCUGCUUAGUUUGAAAUUCUCCCUAGCUUUACUAGUUAACAGACAAUGAGGAGCUGUUGUAGACUUGUAGCCGAUAUUUAAACUUAAUGCCUGUAUAUAGAUAAAUUAGACUUACCAAUCAAAAAAAUAUAUAGAUAAAUUAGACUUCCGGUAGCUAAUUUUUCAACUUUUCGUUGAGCCCAGUGGCCUUAUUUGUUUUAUUUGAUUUGUUCAUUUCUUCA